AUGUUUACUGCCACACAGAGUGGACAAAUCGAACUAGAUGGAAUGAGUGACGAUCGGCCCAUUCGCCUUGACGGAUUGUCCCGGGAGACGUUCAAACUGUUUCUUGAACAUACCUUUGGAAGAGUUCGCACUGGCUCUUAUACUACUGACGAGCUCUCAAGAUUCCUUCACUUUUGCGACAUGUAUCAAUGCCGCCAUACACAAGAAUUUGUUGUGCACCGUAUAUUCACUGCACGUUUCCGCUUUCACCCGGCUCAGUUGAUCAACCUCGCCAUCAAAUACCAUGUCCGGACCAUCUUUCCUUUUGCUUUCCAACAACUGGCAGAAACACCGAUCUCUGAAAUCACACACGCACACCGGGAGCUAAUGGGACAUGAGGUAUUUUUGAACAUUGUUUAUGUUCAAGCGGCACUCGAUCAUCAUCGUCGGAUGGUAGCUGCAGAGGAGCCGAAAAUCUUGAUGCAUUCAAGCGACUGUCAAGACCCAACAGGUUGCAACGAGGAUUGGCAUGCUAUUUGGUGGAAUGGAAUGGGCCGGUUCCUCCUCGAUGCCAGGAAUCCACAGCCAUAUAGUGACGCUGUCAAGCGCUUCAAGGAACUGAAGUUUGGACGGGUUAGUGAGGGUUGCAAGGAGCUGAUGUUCAAGCUCCUGGAUCAGGGAGCCGCCUUUCAUCAUGCUGAACAUUUUAUUUCUGAAGCUUGUCACCUUCUGGUUGAAAAGUUGGUUUUUGAGCCAUAG